AUGACUGCCUCUGCAUUUGUUGGCUCGCCGCCUGCAACUGAGGAUGAUCUUCACAUUGUGAAAGGCGUACUGCGAAUGUACGGCCUGGAAAACUUCAAUGCGAGCCUGGGACUCGCAUUCUCUAUUCAAAGGCCAGAAAAUCCGCCAAUCGAGACAAAGGUGCCUGAGAUCCUCACGGGAAUGAUCAUUGUCAUUCUGGCAAUUGUUCUACCUACGGCAGCGAGGGUUAUCAUUCGAUUACGAGGCGCAAGGACACGGUUUGGAGCUAAUGACUGGGCUAUUAUUUGCGCUGCCUCUGUGGCAGUCGUCUAUCCAAUUAUCUGCAUAUUGAUGCUCUUCCACACUGGCGCUGGUCGACAUACCUACGAAAGCACCUACGAAGAGUACAAUCUUUACAUGUACUACCUGACAGUAUGCAAGAUUAUCUUUUAUGUAGCCGUCGGCCUCAUCAAAGUAUCCAUCACUUUGUUUGUCCGUCGCCUCGCCGACAGAGCCUCAAGGAAAUGGAAGAUAUUUUCAGAAAUUUUCCUGGGCACCGUCAUCUGCUACAUUCUUCUCGCCAUCUUCUGGACUGUUUUCUCAUGCAGACCUCUCGGGACCAUGUGGAACAAGCGUUAUGCUGGAUCCCUGAAAGAAGCGCCCGUCUGUGUGGAUAGCGUGUUCCAGAACAGAUUCUUGAGCAGUAUGCACGUUGCACAGAGUAUAGUGCUUUUACUCGCACCAAUCAUCAUCUUGUGGUAUGUCAAGAUCAACAAAGCCAAGAAAGCCCGUUUAUUUUUUAUUUGGCUUGUCGGCGGCACGACAGUCCUAGGUGGUCUACUUCAACAAACAAUGAUCACUAUCACAAAUGACUCCUGCUGGCAAUACACAUCCGCGAUGCGCUGGACGGUCAUGGAUCUCACAUUCGGCACGUUGGCCGCCUCAUUACCCGUGCUGGACGCGGCUAUCAUGGGUACAUGGAGCUCCAUCAAGUCCAAGAUUGGCACGACGAGGUCGCAUUCACGAACUCGAACGCUGGGAUGGACUGAUUUGGAAAAUGGGACAAGGAAUACCACGACAAUCAAGUCGGUGCGAAGGCCUUCGUUGACAGCGUCGGAGUCAAUGGAGAAUAUCCGAGGCGGGGACAAGGGUAUGGAAAUGGGGAUCCUCCGGACGGAUGAAGUGGAACUAACGUACGAUGAGGAGACUAGACGGAGGAGUCUUCAUGCGAUAUAG